AUGGCGGUGCGUGAACGCGCGGCGGCAGCAAUGGCCGCUCUGGAGCGGCGGGUGCCGAGUCUCGAUGACUUCGCGGGACAGAGCUGGAGCUCGUGGGUGGAGCGGGCCGACCUGCCCGCAGCCGAUGGGACUGAGCUGGAGGAGAGUAGCAAAAACACAAAGAAGUUGGAUGCCAUGACCCUCAUUAAAGAAGACAUGUCAAUCUUCGGGCACUGCCCUGCCCAUGAUGACUUCUAUUUGGUUGUUUGUAACCACUGCAGCCAAGUUGUGAAGCCUCAAGCUUUCCAGAAGCACUGUGAAAGAAGACAUGGGCCCCUCAGCAAGCUUUAUGCCCGGGCCCCACCCCCACCUCCAGCCCCUGCCAGCUCUCAGAAAUGCCAUGUAGUGAAUGGGCAGGGCCCAGCUUGUAGGGCCCCAGGUUCCACCAAAACCUCCUCCAGGGAAAAGGGCCAGGGGUCCCGGAGCCGUGGCCACCAGCCUCCUGAGAAGACCCAGAAGGACAACCUCUGCCUUUUCGUGCCUGUGGUGAAUCUGGAGAAGAUGUCCAGUCUCCCAAAGCCUGAUGGACACGGAAUCAGGGUGGCCCCGCCUUCUGCUUUCCUCAGCCAGCCGGGCGGCCUCACGAAGGACUCUCCUGGAAAAACCCCCAUGGCUCCUCCUUCUAAAGAACCUCCUGGCAGAGAGAGCAUCGAGAUAAUCCACAGUGAGGGCUCCAGUCACCGGGCUGAAGGCAGCCCCCUGGAGAAGGAGUCUGGUGGGGCCAGGCUACCUCCCAAAACCCACCGGAAGAUGGCUCGGAAGGAGUGUGACCUCAACAGGCAGUGUGGGGUACUAAAUCCGGAGACCAAAAAGAUCUGUACCCGCCUGCUGACCUGCAAGAUCCACUCGGUGCACCAGCGCCGGGAAGUCCAGGGCCGGGCCAAGGACUUUGAUGUGCUAGUGGCAGAGCUGAAGGCCAACUCUCGUAAAGGGGAGUCUCCCAAGGAGAAGAGCCCAGGGCGCAAGGAGCCAACUCUCGAGCGCCCCUCUUCCCAGGAGCUCCCCUCCUCAGUCCAGGUUGUGGCAGCAGUGGCUGCUCCCAGCAGCACCUUCUCUGCUCGUGCCAAGCAGACCUACCCAUACUGUGCACUGCCCAGGUCCCGGGCCUCCUCUGACAGUGAGUUGGAUGAUGAAGGCCCCUAUGGUGGUGAUGGGGACCCAGGCCUGUUCCCCUUCCCCCUGCCUCGGAGUGGGGCCCAGGCCUCCAGCGAGGAGAGUGAGGAGGAGGGGACAUCUGACGACCUCCACCUCCCCCCUGACUGCCAUUACGCAACCCGGCCCCCGCGGCCACAGGCGUUCUGCACCUUUGGGAGUCGGCUGGUGAGUCCAGGAUGCUACGUGUUUAGCCGCCGGCUGGACCGGUUCUGCUCGGCACUCAGCUCCAUGCUGGAACGGCACCUCAGCUCACACAUGUGGAAGAAGAUCCCACCAGCGGCUGAACCUCCAUCCCAUCUUGUUAGCUCCCCUUUAUCUGCUCCUCUGAGCCCAUCCUCUACGGGCAGCUGCCCCCGCCUUCCAGGCCCACCCCCCAGACCUGCCUGCCCAGCCUCUACACCCCCCACCAAGGACAACCUUGUCCCCAGCUACCCUGCAGGCUCCCCCAGUGUGGCAGCUGCCUGCAGCCAGGCAGAGUGCAUGGGCGGGAGCCAGGCUAUCACCUCACCACUGCCUGCCAACACACCCUCCCCGUCCUUCAGCAAACUCCCACCUUCCAAGGUCAGCAAGUCAUCCAAAGGCAAGGAUGGAGCAGAGGUGGAGGCCCCUUCUCGAAAGCGGAAGUUAUCCCCUGGCCCCACCACUUUCAAACGGACUUGCAUCCUGGAACCCACUGGAAAAGGCAAACCCUCCGUCUGCCGGGGCCUCUCAGCCAAGACUAAGACAACCCUGGGCAUGGGGCUUAAUGGGACAGUAGGGCCAAGAGUGAAGCGGGCAGGGCCCCUGGACUGUCGGAGUUCCCCUCAUCAGCCCCCUACACCAGUGAAGGCUUCUCAGCUAGAGAACCGGGGAGCAGCUGGACACCCAGCUAAGGCCCUGCCAACCAACUGUCUCUCUGAGGAGGAGGUAGCCAAGAAGCGGAAAAACCUGGCCACUUACUGCCGGCCAGUGAAGGCCAAGCACUGUCAGGCUGGUGCUCCUGCUGAUGUGGCCUGCUCUGUGCGCCGCAAGAAGCCAGGCCCGGGCCUGGCCUUUGAGGAGAAGUGCUCUACACUGAAGUCAAAAGCCCAUUAAUGAGAAAGUGCCUGCCCACUGCAACGGAGCCGCCAGCACCUCCUUCCCUCCAGAUCCGGGCCCCAGGCUGCUGCCGCUUUUUAUAACUUUAUAUUAUUUUUUUUAAGAAAAAAAAACUCUUUAA